GCGUUUGUUUGUACUCAGUGCUGACAUUACAUCACACCCUUCCUGCUGGACCCUGUUUGUGUUACUCUGGAGCUUGGAAGACGCACAUAUAAAUUCGUCGUGGUCUCUUCCUUGGGCACCAAGUUUAUUCCUUUUUGUCACCUCAUGAUCACAAAAGACAAAUCGUGCAAAACCAGUCAACUCUUAUUCAACAAAUAAACACAAACUUGAGAACCGACGCCGCCCAACCACCACCACCCGAAAAUGUCUGGCCUUCUCGGAAACGACAAGAACAAGCAGGAGGAUGGCCUCGGUGUUACCGGGGCAGCCAAAACUGGCACUGGCAUACUUGGAAAUACCGUUUCCGGACUAACCAACACCCUUGGAGGAGUUGUCGGCGGUGCCAGUCGUGGGGUAGGAGAGACGGUCAACGCAGUCACUGGCGAUGUGGGUAAGCCCCUGGGAGAUGGAGUGAGCAACGUGGGCACCAGCGUUGAGGGCACCGGGCAAGAUAUUGCGCAGUCGGCUCGCGACGCUGGCCAGUGGAAGACCAACUAAAAUCCUUUCAGAGUGCUGCUUCUCAGUAUGAAUUAUAAUGACAAACUUCAAGGUCAAUGGGGAAUGGAGGACAAAGACUGCUCAAUGUCACCGAACGAGAGAUACCUUUAAUACAGAUUAAGUUACUUGCG